AUGCCCCCCCAGCUCAGUGAAUUUACCAUCAAUGAGAUCGUACGCCUUCUAAACGAUGGUUAUAUGCCUGCUCAGAUUGCGCGGACCAUUGAGUGCUUCUGGCCACUGUAUAUCGAAUCCAACGAAAUAUUCGCUGCUUUGAAACUGCUAGAAGUCCUCAUUCAACAUGGGGUGUUGAACCUGUGGCCAGUCAACGCAACGAAGAACUUCGAGCUGAAUGGCGUAUUCAAGUUACUCAGUAUCAACCUGAUCAACUUAUCUUUUUAG